UACGCCAUCAUCCCGCGCCUUUGUUUUCAGGCUGUAUCAGAGCGGAUGUGUUUUCUCUCAGAGCUAGCAAACUAAGUCAGUUAUUUAGGUGGAAAAUUGUCGUCUGAGAUGAUUCCGGUGACGUUUUGACGCCACUGGAUCAUCCCAAAAGUGGGAUUAGUGUGAACGUUUAAACCGCAGGACUUGUUGUUGAAGAGGAACAAACAAAAGAGGGUACACAUGUCGUCUGCAGCAGAGACUGUGGAAAAUGCCUCCAUUAUUGCAGAAAGCGCGGCUCAUGAUGGAAACCGCCUCUGGAUUGGCAACAUCGAUCCAAAAAUCACAGAGUAUCACCUGGUGAAGCUUUUGGAGAAGUUUGGCAAAGUUAAACAGUUUGACUUCCUGUUUCAUAAGUCCGGGCCUUUGGAGGGGCAGCCACGCGGCUACUGCUUUGUCAAUUUCAGCACCAGAGAGGAGGCAGAGAGGGCAAUCCAGUGUUUAAAUGGGAAGCUAGCUUUAUCCAAGAAGCUGGUGGUCCGAUGGGCGCACGCUCAGGUGAGGAGGUUUGAAGGUUUUCGUAAUGAGAAGACGAUGCCUGCAAGCCUGGAACCAUCAUGCAGUGGUUCAACAGAGGCAGGAUCCAUUACAACAAGCAACCUCAGCACGAGCGCUAAAAUACGUGCCAUAGAGGCCAAGCUGCAGAUGAUGGAGGAGAAUCCAGAUGAUAGCUUCUCAGGCCCGUCGGCCUAUGUUUACAACAAACCGCCUGAGAGGAAGCGCUGGGAGCCCUACCCUAAAUCGCACCACAGUAACCAGAGCAGGCCCUUCCGCAAGUUUAGGAGAUGACCCAUCCUCCUCCCUACUCCGAAGCCGCCUCUUCCCCUUCUCCUCGGUGUUCUGCUCUUAACUCGCCCCCAUCUCUACACAGACUUUUGAAUCUGAGAAGAGUUUGAAGCUGAAGCAGAUGAACAGCACUAGGACUGUAUGGAUGAUUAAAGUUUAUUUUUCUGCUGUGCCAGUGAUCUGACUGGCUCAUUUAUAAAACUCCUCUGUCAGUUGUGCAGAUUUUUGAUGCAGUUCAAAACUUCUGACGGCUAAUGUUUAUGUCACUGUUUUUUAACAGGUUUCCUUGUUUCACAUCAUGUUAUUUAACUAAUAAAAUGUUUUUGAUUUGU